AUGAAUGGCUCAGGGAUCAUAGCCGUCGACCUUAGCUUUCCCGAUACAGUCCAGUUCUUUGCCGGCCGUCCUUCCAAGAAAACAGACCUCCCGUCAACGCCCUUAUCGUUUCCUUCAAUCACGUAUCCUCGUCGCCAAAAGUUGCGUGGAAAGCUCAGAAUCGUAAUGUCACAAGCAAUCAAGUUGAAUCAGGUGGAGGUUCGUUUCAACGGCCAUACCGAGCUCGCUUGGCGUGAUCCUCUGAAAUCCGAACAUUCUUUCCUUGCCGAGCGAAUGAAUGAGCGCAAGACACUUCGAAAGUCGAAAAGCACGUUAUUGGAAGAGGCUACGUUACCGGCGGGGGUUACCGAACUAGGAUUUGAGAUCACGAUACCCGGUCAUCUGUGCCCAACAUUCAAAUCCAAGUUUUUGGAUAUUACUUACAUGAUCACUGCAAAGAUCGUCCCAGCAGGAGCAAAAUUAUGCAAAAAGCCGAUUCGGGUGGAGAAGGAGAUUUGGUUACAAAAGACACUUUUGCCCCAUGAUAUUGCAACAUUAGCUGGUUACCAAGUGCCAUUGUUGACCAUGAGUGGUGCCUCUCGACGCGGUGAUGAUGAUACGAUCAUACGUUACGAAUUUCGUGUACCAAAGUGGACUUGCCUUGAUAAUGAUACGAUUGACUUUGAUGGUACUUUUAGUAUAUCAUCAUCAUCAUCCAGCAUCACUGGCAUAGCCAAGGUAGAGGUGGAUAUGGUCGAACAGCAUUUUUAUCAUUAUGACAUGACAAAGGAUGACAAAGAGGACCAUUUGGCAGAGACACCUAUCGUAUUUGGAGAUCGGUUGACAAAACGACAUUUGUUCAUAUCCCACAAUGAGCCUUCAAUUUAUCUUUUUCCUCCUCUUGAUACCAACAUUGCAUUCUCAUUUCCUAUCAACAAUAAGCAUUCUCAAUCCGAUUCGACAGCACAUCCUCCUCCUCCAUGUCGUAUCAAAUCCAUCCCCUAUGCUCCAACACGCCUUGCGCCACCGCCAGACGAUGACAUUUUACCAACAUCAUGCUCAUGGAUCUUGGAUAAUGCACAAUACUAUUCACCUGCCACCAUUAUCAGUAAAGGGAAUCUCUCUUAUUCACUCGAUUCACCCUUUCUGGAAAUCCGUCAUUUCAUUCGCCUCGUUAUCCAUCCUCUCGCAAAUGAUGCUACUCCUCAACCUGUUUGCAUUGGCUUACCCAUCCAUAUCACCAGGAAGUUGACACCUCCCCAGGCGUCUUCAGCAGAUGAAUUACCCACCUACAACAGUAUCACACGUGAUGUUGAACGGCUACCCGACUAUGUUACUACCAUGAUGGAUAUGGCAGCUCCAACAACAAAUACGGAUGACGAAGCAGCUCUUUCACCAACACCACAGGAGGGAACAAUGGAUGAAGUUGAUAUCUCUGAUCUCUACAAUGCUCAAAGGAGUAGGCAAUCCACCCAUUCUUCCGAAUACUCAAAUUCCACCGCUUCAUCAUCCCAUGGGAAACAAAAUCAACAUGAACGGAUAUUGAUACAAGAACGUAGGCUGGAAGAUUUCUGGAUCAUUCCUUGA